AUGAACGUUCCGGUAGGCAUUGAUCCCGCCCACAUUAAAAAGAGCCUCCGCGCCGACGUCUUGUACAACGCCGAAGUCGACGCACAUCUAGCGCAUCUCACAGUCGGAGAAACCCUCACCUUCGCUGCCCGAUGUCGUUCCGCCCGCCACGUCCCGCAGGGCGUCACAAGAGAGCAAGUUGACAACACGCUACGCGAUGUGAUGAUGGCAACCUUUGGCAUUGGUCACACCUUCAACACUCGUGUCGGUGAUGAGUUUGUACGGGGUGUCAGUGGUGGCGAGAGGAAGCGAGUCAGUAUAGCCGAAGCUGCUCUAACAGGAGCUAAAUUCCAGUGCUGGGACAACAGCACUCGAGGUCUUGAUAGUGCCAAUGCUAUUAACUUCUGCGAGAACUUGCGCUUGCAAGCUGAUAUGAUGGGUAUUGCUGCUGCCGUUGCACUGUACCAAGCACCCCAGGCUGCUUAUGAGGUAUGGAAAUCCUCCUACUAGCAACUGGUAUUGCUGGAGUUGCUAAUUUGAAUCUGGCAGCAAUUCGACCGCGUCAUCGUACUGUACGAAGGGCGGCAGAUAUUCUUUGGUAAGAUCUCGGAAGCUAAGGAAUACUUUGAAAGCCUAGGGUUCGAUUGUAUGUUCUCCUUUCGCGUCAAACUAGAUACUGGGUGCUUUGAACUGACAAAGACGCUUUCGUUUAGGCCCCAAUCGACAAACGACGCCAGACUUCCUGACUUCCAUGACAAGCCCAGGCGAGAGACACCCAAGGCCUGGGUUUGAAAACCGAGUCCCUCGAAGCCCUGACGAGUUUGCUGCUCGAUGGCGCGACAGUGAACACCGAAGCCGGUUGAUAGACGAACUCAACGCAUACGAAAAGAAGCACCCGUCUGAAGAACGUCUGGAAGAGUUCAACAACUCGAGGCGGGCGGAGCAGGCAAAGAGUCAGCGACUUCGGUCUCCUUACACCAUCUCGUAUUUUCAGCAGGUGCGGUUGACGCUGUGGAGAGGAUACGUACGCUUGAAAGCAGAUCCAACAUUCACAGUAGCCAAUCUCCUUUUCAACAAGAUUGUCGCCUUGCUGCUUGGUAGCAUGAAUUACGGCAUGAAGGAUGAUACCUCAUCGUUGUAUUAUAAAGGAUCAGUUGUCUUCUUUGCCAUCUUGUUCAAUGCCUUCGCCAGCCAAUUGGAGGUAAGCAGGAACAUUUUUCUGCCAAUUCACUGAUUGGAUGCUGAUACCAAUACAACCCCUAGGUCUUGACUGUUUACGUCGAGCGACCCGUGGUUGAGAAGCAUCAUAAGUAUGCCUUCUACCACCAAUCGACCCAGGCAAUUGCGAGCUAUCUAACCGACCUUCCGUACAAAACUGUCAACAUGUUCAUCUUCAACGCGAUCAUCUACUUCCUCGCCCAUCUGCGCCCCGGUGCUGGUCACUUCUUUUUCUUCUGCUUGACAACGUUUUUGCUCACGCUUGUCAUGUCCUCUCUGUAUCGGUGGUUAGCAAACAUCACAAGGACCGCAUACCAGGCAAUGGCACCCAGCGCAAUCCUGAGUUUCGCAUUCAUGAUCUACACAGGGUAUACGAUUCCUACUAACUAUAUCCCUACGUGGUCUCGAUGGAUCAAUUACAUCAACCCCUUUGCAUAUGCCUUUGAGGCUCUUAUGGUGAAUGAAUUCCACAACAGGCAAUUUCCCUGCGCCCAGAUCAUCCCACAAGGACCCGGAUACGAUGGCAUUCCUAUCGAGUCCCAGGUUUGUUCAUCCGUAGGUGCUCUCCCAGGCUCAACAACCGUCGACGGGGACAGGUACAUUGGACUGACCUACGAAUACUGCAAUACACAUAAGUGGAGGUGAGUGCACUUGUUGGCUAGUUAGCUGUAUAUGAUAGACUCUAACGAUACCAACUAGAAAUAUAGGAAUUUUAUGCGCCUUCUGGUGCUUCUUCUCUGCCAUAUACAUUCUGGCCGCCGAGUUUGCUAAGCCCCCAAAGAGCAAAGGCGAGAUUCUAGUCUUCCCUUCGGGUAAAAUGCCUAACCAACCGGACAAGAAAGGCGCCAAGGACAUCGAGUUACAGGCUCCCCGCCGUGAUGUCAGUGUCGAAAAACAACAGGAUAGUUCCUCAAAUGUGGGUGUCGGUUUGGCCACUGAUACAGCUGUAUUCCACUGGGAAGAUCUCUGCUACGAUAUUCAGGUUAAGAAGGAAAACCGCCGCAUCCUGGAUCAUGUUGAUGGCUGGGUCAAGCCAGGAACUUCCACUGCGCUGAUGGUAUGAGCCGAAGUCGAACCCUGCUGAAAAGACUUACUGACUUUGAUUUUCCAGGGUGUUUCGGGAGCUGGCAAGACUACGCUACUAGAUACCCUCGCCAAUCGAGUCACAAUGGGUGUCGUAACCGGUGACACACUAAUCAAUGGCGACCCAACAGAUAAUUCCUUCCAACAUCGUGUUGGCUACGUCCAGCAACAGGAUUUACACCUGAACACCUCUACAGUCAGAGAAGCUCUCGAGUUCAGCGCCCUACUGCGUCAGUCUGUUGAAAUUCCAAACAAAGAAAAGAUUGCCUAUGUUGAUCAGGUUAUUGAAAUGCUUGAGAUGCAAAGCUUCGCUGAUGCUGUUGUGGGUGUUCCCGGGGAAGGUCUCAAUGUUGAACAAAGAAAGCGUCUCACCAUCGGUGUCGAGUUAGCAGCCCGACCUCAGCUUCUACUCUUCCUUGACGAACCAACGUCUGGCUUGGACUCACAGACCUCGUGGGCUAUCUGCCAGUUGAUCAAGAAGCUUACCCGGAAUGGUCAAGCGGUACUCUGUACAAUCCAUCAACCUUCGGCUAUUCUGUUUGAUCAGUUCGAUAGAUUGCUAUUGCUCGCACCAGGUGGGAAGACGGUGUAUUUUGGAGGUAAGCCCGAUCAGCUCCAAUGGCCGAAAGAAGGUAUAUGAACUUCCGCUGAUGUGUAUCAGAACUUGGAAAUAAAUCAAGAAAGUUGAUUGAUUAUCUUGAACGCAAUGGCGCCCAGAAAUGCCCCGUCGAAGGCAAUCAAGCAGAAUGGAUGCUUGAGGUCAUUAAGCCCCGCUUGGAUGGCAGCGACGGUAUCGACUGGCACAAUACGUGGCGUACUUCCCCUGAGUAUCAAGAUGUCAAAGCCGAGCUGGCACGACUGCGAGGCCUCGCGAGCGCCGACGAGGAAACAGCCCUUCAGAGAACCGGUGAAGCAUCCCAGCAUCGGGAAUUUGUGGCUUCAUUUUGGACUCAGAUGCUACUCGUUAUCGAUCGCACAUGGAAGCACUUUUGGCGCUCGCCUGUGUACAUAUGGUCCAAGACCAUCCUGGUCGUUGUUUCGGUAAGACUACUGACUCUAGCAUCUUGAUCGUCCUACUGAUUUUUCUGCGUCUCUAGUCGAUUUUCAUUGGAUUUAGUUUCGUCGCGGAGAAUACCAUUCAGGGCUUACACAACCAACUCUACGCCAUCUUCAUGUUUCUUAUCAUGUUCCAGAACAUCAACGAGCAGAUCAUGCCCAUGUUUGAGCCGCAGCGGGCCUUGUUCGAAGUCCGCGAACGAUCUUCGAAGAUUUACAAAUGGACAGGUGAGUGCCUUUGGUACAUCUUAAUCAUGAACGACUAAUUACUGAUAUACGCGGCCCAGUUUUCCUCCUCACGAACAUCCUAGUAGAGGCUUGCUGGAAUACAUUCAUGGCUGUCGCGGCUUACUUCUGCUGGUACUACCCCGUGGGCUUCUACAUCAACACCACGGCCGAAAAUACCGCUCUGCGCGGAUUCCAGGUCUUCUUGUUUCUAUGGAUGUUUAUGUUGUUUACGAGUACUUUCUCUCACUUUGCGAUCACUUGGAUGCCCACCGCCGAAGUAGCAGGUGUCCUCGCUGCACUACUUUGGAUUUUCUCGUUGGUUUUCUGCGGGUAAGUCACCCCCCAUGGCAGAUAUCUAAGGAUCUAAUUGAUCCGUCAAUAUAAAAAAAAUCGUCUUUGAAACUUUGCUGACGCGUGUCUUAGUGUUGCAAUCCCACCCGUGGACUUCCCCAACUUCUGGAGAUGGAUGUUCCCUGUUUCCCCUGCCACCUAUCUGGUCGGAGGCGUCAUGUCCGCAGCCAUCGGCGGCGCAAACGUCACAUGCUCCACAGCCGAGAUACUUCACCUGAUCCCACCGGCCAACUCGACUUGCGGCGCAUUCUUGUCAGAGUUUGCUGAUACCGCUGGUGGGUUCCUGCUGAAUCCAGAAUCGACAGAUGAGUGCAGAUACUGUCCCCUCAGGACAACGGACCAGUUUCUGUCCCGGUUCGAGAUAUAUAUCAAGGAUAGCUGGAGGAACUUUGGUUUGAUGUGGGUGUAUGUUCUCUUCAAUAUUGGAUGUGCAAUGGGGUUGUACUGGCUUUUCAGGAUGCCGAAGGGAAAGGGGGUUAGACGUGCCAAUAAGAAGGAGGCUGUCGAUAGUCAGCUUAAUAUGUAG